AUGGAUCUCAGCAGUGACUACCAUUUCCUCAAUCAGAUUUUGUGGAGAAGGGUGAAACUCACAUUGGUCUGUGGCAUCUUUGAGGGAGUGCUCCAGCAUGUGGACCCUAACAAGAUUGUUGUCCUAAAGAAAGUGAAGAAUGUGGAGACUGGUCGAAGUAUCCCAGGAGUGAAGAUGUUUUUUGGGCAUGAGAUUGUUAAUGUGGAGCUACUGGAUGAAGCAGAACAAACUGCAUUGGGGGAAAAGGCAUCCUCUGUAAGUCCAAAUACAGAGAGCACCAGGAUGGAUAAAAUGAAAAAUGAAGACCUAAGUGUACGUGAGCUUCCUUCUCCUGCUUUUGAGGCACCAACCACCUCUCUCCUGAAUGACCUCAAGUACAGCCUGUCAGAGGAAGAAGAGGUGACAUACACAGUCAUUGAUCAGUUCCAGCAGAAGUUUGGUGCCGCAAUGCUCCACAUCAAGAAGCAGAGUGUCUUGGGUGUGGCUGCAGAAGGAGCAAAUGUUUGUCGUCAUGGGAAACUAUGUUGGCUUCAGGUGGCUACAAAUAGUCGUGUCUACUUAUUUGACAUUCUUCUGCUGGGAAGUCAUGCUUUCAACAAUGGACUACAGAUGGUAUUAGAAGACAAGAGAAUUUUGAAGGUUAUCCAUGAUUGCCGUUGGCUUUCUGAUUGCCUCUCUCAUCAGUAUGGAAUUUUGCUGAAUAAUGUCUUCGAUACACAGGUGGCAGAUGUCCUUCAAUUUUCCAUGGAAACAGGUGGCUUUCUUCCAAACUGCAUCAGUACUUUACAGGAGAGUUUAAUAAGACACCUUAAAGUAGCCCCUAAAUAUCUUUCCUUUCUGGAAGAGAGACAGAAACUGAUUCGGGAGAAUACAGAAGUGUGGUUUACACGACCUCUUUCACCCUCCUUACUGAAAAUUUUGGCUCUAGAAGCCACCUACCUGCUACCCCUUCGCCUGGUGCUCCUAGAUGAGAUGAUGUCUGACCUAACCACCCUAGUGGAUGGGUACCUGAACACCUACCGAGAAGGGUCUGCCGACUGGCUGGGAGGUGCGGAGCCUACAUGCAUGGAGCUUCCAGAGGAACUGCUUCAACUCAAGGACUUCCAGAAGCAGCGCAGAGAGAAAGCUGCAAAAGAAUAUAGGAUGAAUGCACAGGGACUUUUAAUAAGGACAGUGUUACAUCCGAAGAAAUCAGUGACAGAGACAACAAGGAGAGAGGAAAAAGUAAGAAGUUUCUUACUUUGUGAAAAUUCUAGGCUAGAUAAAGCUCUAAGUUUUACAUCCAAUGAAGAUGGAAAUUUGCUGAAAGAAGAAGCAAAGAGUGGAAAAACAACAACAGAACUUCCACAUUUACCUCCCAUAAAACAAGAAGUCCGUGAGGAUUCCGGUAUGAAAAUCAUUUGCCCUGAGUCAGAGGGGUCAGAAGACCAGGCAACAAAUCAGAAAGAAUGCCUAAUGAUUCCCAAAAAAGAAUUUCAAGCAAAUUUAUCUUUGAAAGAGGAGAUAGAACAAUUACUGAUGGUGGAAAACAAAGAAGACCUAAAAUGUACAAAACAAGAUGGCUUAGUGUCUCCUUCCCUUCCUCAGGAAACCAGAGUGUCUCCAAGUGACACCUUUCAUACUUUUAGAAAAGCUGUGCUCCCUACACUUCCUCCCUGCCCAGCUUUGGAGGAGACUGAUUCCUGGAUAAGUUCUUCAUCAGAUCUGCCUUAG